AUGCUUCUUUUUGUUCGUUUAUUCAAUGUAAAUUCGAUUCGUAAUUCUAGUCGUAGUCGUGAAUUUUUUUCCAUUCUGAAAAAAUCUUAUCGUACAACAAAAUUAAAUUUAUUUAUGGCAUCAAAUAAUCGAACAUGUUUUGUCUUUGAUAAAGAUGAAUCAACUAAAAUUCUUAUUCAAAUGGUUUAUGAAAUACCUUCAACAAGAAAACGUCGUCAAUUUAGUUUAUUACGUUCUGUUGAUGAAUCUCUUUCACAGACAAUAAAUCGUUUAAAAGCUAAUAUUGAACGUGCUCUUAUUAAAGAAAAUAAAUCAAAUAAACGUCUUAAAAAACAAGAAACUAAUAUUGGCAAGAAUAAUGAAAAAGAAUCAAUUAUUGUCAAAUUAACUGAUAAGAAUAAUAAACUAAUUGAUGAAAAUGAAACAAAUAAACAAGCAUGGAUUAAUUGUCAAACAUUAUUAAUUAAUCAACAAUCUUAUCAUGUUGAAUAUAAUGCACCAGGUUUGAUUUUGUUUUUCAUAUUUAUUAUUAAUAAAUAA